GCGGGGCCACCGGAGGGUCCGGGGCCACCGGAGGGUACCGGGGGGCACCGGCGCCCUCACAGCCCGUCGUGCCCCCGGGAUGGCGGCGUGGGCGCUGCUGGCGCUGCUGGCGCUGCUGGCGCUGCUGGCUCAGGCUCCGGCGGCGGCAGGGGGGAUGCUUGACUUUGCCUCCUACUACGGCGACCACAUGGUGCUGCAGAGGGAGCCGGUGGGGGCCGUGGUGUGGGGCCACGGGGAGCUGGGAGCUGUGGUGACUGUGACUCUCUCGGGGGCUGAGGGCCUCGUCAUCACGAAGAAAACAGCACAGGUUAAAGGACCUUCUGGGACAUGGACAACUGUCCUGGACCCGAUGGAUCAGGGUGGUCCCUAUGCACUGACGGCCGAGCAGGGCUCAGAGAACGUGACACUGCGGGACAUCUACUUUGGGGACGUGUGGCUUUGCAGUGGGCAGAGCAACAUGGCAAUGACAGUCCUGCAGGUGGCCAACGCCAGCCAGGAACUCGCCGCCGCCGCUCGCUAUCCCUACGUCCGCAUCUUUGCCGCGGCGCCCGCCCGCUCCAACGUGGAGCUGGAGGACCUGGAGGGGAUUGCCUUGCCAUGGUCCAUCCCCACGGCUGAAAACCUGGGCCACGGGAAUUUCACCUACUUCUCGGCCGUGUGCUGGUUGUUGGGGCGCUCCCUGUACGAGGCUCUGGGGUCCCCUGUCGGGCUGGUGGAGGCGGCCUGGGGGGGAACACCCAUCGAGGCCUGGUCCUCCCGCCAGGCUCUGCAGGCGUGUGGGCUCCCGGAGGACACGGGGAGCACCUCCCCACACUGGCAUCUCUCCGGCCCACAAACGCCAUCCGUGCUCUGGAACGCCAUGAUCCACCCGCUGCUCAACAUGACCCUGCGGGGCAUCGCUUGGUACCAGGGUGAGGCCAACGCCUUCCUGCACACGGACCGGUACAACUGCACCUUCCCCGCGCUCAUCGCCGACUGGCGCCGCGCUUUCCACGCUGGAUCAGCCGGACAGACGGAGCCACUCCUCCCCUUCGGCUUCGUGCAGCUGUCCACCUACCGCCGUGAGAGCCCCGACGACAGCUUUGCCCGGCUCCGCUGGCACCAAACAGCCGACCUGGGGGUUGUUCCCAAUGCCAGGAUGCCCGGCACCUUCAUGGCCGUAGCCAUGGAUCUGGGCGAUGAGCACUCUCCCUACGGCAGCAUCCACCCUCGGGACAAGCAGAACGUGGCACACCGGCUGCUGCUGGGCGCCAGGGCUGUGGCGUACGGGGACAAAGACCUGGUUUUCCAGGGGCCGUAUCCCACCCGGGCCGUCCUGGAGGUGACCAGGGGGCUGCUGAACGUCACCUACAGCCAGGAGCUCAUCUGCCGUCAGAGGGACGCACGGUCAUUCGAGGGCGCUGACGGCGUUGAGGCGGCCGAAGGAGGUUAGCUCGGAGAUGUUGGCGCGGAGGAAGAGGAGGAUGACGUUGAGGUCGUUGAGGGGGCAGGUAAGCAUCCUGCGGCUGAGCAGGUCGAAGGCAGGCAGCAUCUCGUAGACGGAGAGCAGCCCCUUGUCCCACUGGCAGAGCUGCAGGGCGUUGUAGAUGACGACGGGGAUAAGGAGGAUGUAGACGCUGCCGACUGAGAGGCUGAUGAGCUGGAAGAUGGAGAAGAAGACCAACUUGCAGGGGAUGAGUGGGGGGAUGUGGGGCUCUGCCUGGAGCAGCCCUGUUUUGAUGGAGCAGCUGAACUCAUCCUGGAAGAAGAUGUUGAGGUGGAGGAAAACCAGGUAGAGGCAGGUGGCAGCCAGGAACAGGAGCAGCAGCAGGUUCCUUAGGAUGUAGAUGAACGUCAGGGCGUGGGCGUGCUGCUUGCAGGUCAGGUACCGCUCCAGCAAUGGGAACUCAAAAUACCUCUCCCGGCGGGCCCUGGAGGCAGAGGGACACAGUGGGAGUGAGAGCCACCCCCCAAACCUCACUGCUUCACCCAAGUCCAUCCUGGAACAGCCACAGCCACAACACCCCGAGGAGGGACUCCAAGGGCCGCGGUGACCCAGCAGGGCCUCACCUCUCGUACUCCUCCCAGAAUUGCUCUGGCUCGGCACUGGCCUGCUGGACCUUCCUCAUGUGCUGCACCAGGCGCACCGAGCGGUUGUAGGAUUUAUCCAGCUCGUCGAUGAUGAAGAGCAGGUCGGAGUGCAGGGCGGGGGCGGCGGCGUAACGCCACAGCAGGUACGGCAGGUACAUCAGCACCGCCACCACCAGCAGCGAGUAGGGGAAGACCUGGGCAAAGGGGACGGGAGGGCGUUGAGGGUGUGGAGUGUGCACCCAGGUGGCAUUUGGGGGCACCCAGACGUGACUUUGACCCUACCUUGAGAGCCCAGAGGGACUUGGUGACAGCGUGUCCCUCGGCGUCGAAGCCGUGGUGGAUGAGGGAGUCCCAGCAAGCCGUGUCGGCGUAGGCAGACUGCUUCCCCGUGAAGUUGGUGGGAGAGAAGCAGCUGAUCUGGGAGCCUGGGGUGAGGAGGAGGAGGAGGAGGAGAGUGAACCUCAGCCAUGGAGGGUGGAGGAGCAUUCCUCAGCCAGGAGGGUGAUUACAUCUAAGGCAUCGCUUUGAAUUAAAAAAAGCCUUUUUCAUGGUCA